CCGAGGAGUCACGGAGCCCGGUUCUGAGGUCUCUCACCAGAAGUCCUAUGGAAGUUGUUUUUCCCUUUCAGACUGAACAGCCCUUUUUCCACCGCUGCCCUGUGGUGGUUUGGCCCUGGGGCGAGGGUGGUGCGAGCGCAUUAAUAACCGCGACAAACCCAGCCCUGUCCGUCUCCCCAAACGUGGCGGGUUAAGUCCCAGAAGUUCAGAAAAGGAAACUGAGGCUUCGAGAUAGCAAAGGGCUGACCUGAGACAGUGACCUCACAUUCACGGAGGGUCUCAUUCUCCUAAGUCUCCCUGGCAACCCCCGGGCGGCCGACCAAGCCCGAAGACCACCUGUCACUGACCUUCAAACCCAUUCUUGUCCACACCGAACCAGAGUAGUGCUGGCUAAAUGAAAGUCUUGUAAUUACCUUGUGAGUAAUUACCUUGUGAGUAGCACAGUUAAACAAUGUGCACGCAUUAUGUACGUGUUAAAAGCGUAACUUUGUAAAGAGCAAACAGUAAAUAAGCCCUAAUUCUCAUUGGAGCCCCACCUUGGACGUCUUACAUGCCAGGAAUCUAAAUCGGAGGCGACACCUCCUCUCUACCUCUCUACCUAGCAGACCCGCGCCACACAGAAGGCAUAGAAACCCACAUCUGCGGCCCCGUGGGAGGUUGGGAGGGGCCGUGGCUCACAGGGCACCAGGGCAGGCAGGAAGAGCCUCAGAGAGGAAGGGGUGACCUCCCUACUUGGGAGGGGCCCCUCAGCGCGCUGCUGAAGCUAGGGUUGAGGAGGAAGUGAGAGGAGGAGGUGAGGUGCAGCCCAGAGCCGGUGGCAUCUGGGGUCGGGGGCAGCAUGGCCCAGGCCCUAGGGGAGGACCUGGUGCAGCCUACCGAGCUGCAGGAUGACUCCAGCUCCUUGGGGUCCGACUCAGAGCUGAGUGGGCCCGGCCCAUAUCGCCAGGCUGACCGCUAUGGCUUCAUCGGCGGAGGCUCAGCAGAGCCAUGGCCAGGCCAACCCCCUGCAGACCUUAUCCGCCAGCGGGAGAUGAAGUGGGUGGAGAUGACCUCGCACUGGGAGAAGACCAUGUCCCGGCGGUACAAGAAGGUGAAGAUACAGUGCCGGAAAGGCAUCCCCUCAGCCCUGAGGGCCAGGUGCUGGCCCCUGCUGUGCGGGGCCCACAUCUGUCAGGAGAACAGCCCUGGAACCUAUCAGGAGCUGGCCUCGGCCCCUGGAGACCCCCAGUGGAUGGAGACCAUCGGUAGGGACCUGCACCGCCAGUUCCCUCUGCACGAGAUGUUUGUCUCACCCCAGGGUCAUGGCAGGGGCUCCUGCAGGUCCUCAAGGCCUACACCUUGUAUCGGCCAGAACAGGGCUACUGCCAGGCCCAGGGCCCUGUGGCGGCCGUCCUGCUCAUGCACCUGCCUCCGGAGGCGGACACUUAUGGCUGGCCCUCCUCCUCAGGAGGCCUUCUGGUGCCUGGUGCAGAUCUGUGAGGUCUACCUCCCCGGCUACUAUGGGCCGCACAUGGAGGCAGUGCAGCUGGAUGCUGAGGUGUUUGCGGCUCUGCUGCGGAAGCUUCUCCCGAGGGUGCACAAGCACCUACAGCAGGUGGGCGUCGGGCCCCUGCUCUACCUGCCCGAGUGGUUCCUGUGCCUCUUCGCCCGCUCCCUGCCCUUCCCCACGGUGCUGCGCAUCUGGGACGCCUUCCUCAGCGAGGGUGCAAAGGUGCUGUUCCGUGUGGGGCUAACGCUGGUGCGCUUGGCGCUGGGUACUGCUGAGCAGCGCCUGGCCUGCCCGGGGCUCCUGGAGACGCUCGGUGCCCUUCGGACCAUUCCCCCCACCCAGCUUCAGGAAGAGGUCUUCAUGUCCCAGGUACACAGCGUGGCCCUGUCUGAGCGUGACCUGCAGCGUGAGAUUCGGGCUCAGCUGGGCCAGCUGCCCAAGUCGGCUCCUGGUCCCCCACCUCGGCCACAGGCCCGCCUCGCGGGAGCCCCAGCCAUCUUCGAGGCCCAGCAGCUGGCAGGGGCACGGGGAGGUACCAGGCCUGGCCCUCAGGUGCCCCGCAUCGUGGUGCAGCCCCCGGAGGAGCCCAGGACACCUCGGCGCAAGCCCCAGACCCGUGGCAAGACGUUUCAUGGGCUCCUGACUCGGGCCCGGGGCCCGCCCCUUGAGGGCCCCUCCAGGGCUCACCGGGGCUCAGCCUCCUUCCUGGACACUCGCUUCUGAGGGCUCUGUGAACUCUGUGCCCAGCUGGAGGCCCUUGAAUGGCGGUCCCCAAAGGCGGGGACUGCAUUUUACAUGGUAGUCAGCUUUCCCUCAGCUCCCUACCCAACAGGGCAGGGGCUUCCCAUUUCACAGAUUCAUACCUGACCCCACACCGGGCACAAGGGUGAAGGAAGGUAACAGAGUGGGACUUGCUGGGACCAGCGCCAUUUGCCCACGGAGCUGUCUUGGUGCCUGGGCUCCUACAUCCAUGGAAGGUGGGGUGAGGGCAGCUGGUUGGGCAACCGGGAGGCCUGGAAUAAAGUCUGACUGAGCAGAA